AUGAAACGAGAUAGCGCUGGUAACGGUCCAGAUGGUCCUCCUUCCAAGUUUCAACGUCCUCAAGUGGACUUAUCAAAUGUCAUCAUCCGGUUUUUGAUCCCGGCUCGUGCUGCCGGCAUAAUGAUUGGGAAGGGUGGCGAAAACAUAAAGAAAAUGCGUUCUCAGUAUAACGUCAAGCUGAAUAUACCUGACAGCAGAGGCCCUGAACGGUAG